UUUUUUAAAGGAAGAAAUAUGAAUGACUAUAUCAAUACACUAAAUGAAAUUCGACAUUACAAGUGCGAUUUUUGCGAUAAAUCUUUUUAUCGGUUAGAGCACAAGGUUCGACACGUAAGAACGCACACGGGAGAGAAACCUCAUGGAUGCAUAUUCGAGCACUGCGAUAAACGAUUUGCUCGAUCGGAUGAACUACAACGGCAUAUCCGUGUGCAUAAUUCAUCAUGUGCAGUGACAGUACGUCGUAAACGAAAGUCAAGCAAACAAUACGUUCCAUCGGAAGAAGAAGAUUAUAUGCGUCAACAACAACAUUGUUCCGUUUUGCGUCUUUCCUGUACCUCCAAUACCGAUAUAGAGCUCAUGAAAAAGAUGCAGGCACAGCAACGUCGCGUACGAGAGAACAGAGCUUCCUCGUUAAAUUCAUCUGAAUUACACCAUUGUCUUGCAGCAGGAUGUUUCAAGAGCUUUUGGAGAAAGGGGCAGCUUGUGCGUCAUAUUGAUACACAUCAUGGGAUUCGAGUGACGAGAGAAGAAGUGACAGACAAGGAGAGAAUGCUACAGCUCCUUGAUUCCAAUGCAUCCAGUGUUAUUACUGUAGGUGAAGUGCCCCAUUUGACACGACGCGUAUCCGAUGCAUCCUCUCAUUCUUCGCCUGAAUGUCUAUCCCCCACACCUCAGUAUACCGUCGCUCAUCAUUUACCAGAAAAAUCUAUUUCUUUACCUUCUUUUAAAGAUGCAUUCAUGCCUUCUUUAUUUGAAUCCCAUUAUUAUUCAAAUCAAAAUAAUUUCACACUUCCUUCUUUUAAAACAUUAUUCACUAAUUAAUUAGCAUUUCCCCUCACAAACAAACAUUUGCACGUAAAUAUUUUUCCCCCUCUUUCACUAUGUAAAUAACUCACGAUUCC